GGGCUGUAGGCUGCACUACAUACUAAAAGACUGAAGGUGGUAUGGCUGUAUUUUUAUAUUGCACAGCGCCCAAUGACCCACCGACGACUUUUCUACGCCCCGCAGACCAGACCCUCACUACAGCAUGGCUGAUUAAUUUUAAAACUGCCACGUAGUAUCCCAUUCCCAGCCCAGCAGCUUAUAAAGCCCAGCAGCAGCAGCAGUCUCCCCCUCCCUCCUUCCCUUCCCCUGACCCACCAUCCACUUCAACUGCUCGCUUUAUCCUCCCCACAUCCCACCUGGAUAGCAUCUAGUCUAUCCUACUGGGCUUCUCCACCCCUCCUGCCAAGAACUACGCCUUAGCAAUUGUAUCAAAUCAAAAUCACCAUCAUGAGGUCGUUUAGGAUCCUAUCAGCACUCCUCGCCCUAGCUUCGUCUAUCCAUGCCGACGCAGGAGUCGACCCCAACGAGGCCCCAGAUGAUGUCAUCGAAUUGACCUCUGAAAACUUUGCCACUGUCGUCACCCCUGCGCCCUUGAUCCUCGUCGAAUUCAUGGCACCAUGGUGCGGUCACUGUAAAGCGCUCAUGCCCGAGUACAAACGUGCAGCGACACUAUUGAAGAAGGAAGGUAUCCCAGUGGCCAAAGCCGACUGUACUGAGCAGAGUGAACUAUGUGCCAAGCACGAAAUCCAGGGUUAUCCAACUCUCAAAAUCUUCUCAAAUGGUGUGGCAUCGGAAUACAAAGGUCCUCGAAAGGCUGAAGGCAUCGUCUCAUACAUGGAAAAACGCGCACACCCUGUCGUUACCCUUAUUACAUCUCACAACCACACCGAGUUUACCCAAUCUGGUAACGUGGUCGUCAUCGCUUACCUGGAUCACUCUGACAAAGAUGGCUUGGCUGCAUUUACCCGCUUCGCCGAAUCCAAACGUGAUGAUUACGUCUUUGGUGUGUGCUACGAUCACUCAUCGAUCAAAGAUGUCUCUUCUCUGCCCCAGGGUAGUCUCGUCCUUUGGAAGAAGUUCGACGAAGGUCGCAACGAUUUCACUGGCGAGAAAUUGACCGAGGAGAACAUUGCCAAAUUUGUCAACACCAACUCGGUGCCCCUGUUUGAUGAGCUCACUCCGUCCAACUUCGCUCUCUACUCUGAAAUCGGUCUUCCUCUCGCUUACACUUUCAUCGAGGCCAACAACCCCAAGCGAGAAUCUCUGAUCAAAUCUCUCGAAUCUGUUGCCAAGGACAACAAGGGUCACCUCAACUUUGUAUGGAUCGAUGCGACCAAAUUUGGAGAUUACGCCAAAUCUUUGAACCUUCCCGGUACCGACUGGCCCGAAUUUGUCAUUCAAGAUCUCUCAAACCAGGACAAGUACCCCUUGGAGGCCAAGAAGGAGGUCAACCAUGACCAUGUUGCCGAAUUUGUCAAGUCGUACCGCGCCGGUAAACUCGAGAAGAGCGUCAAGAGUCAACCCAUUCCCAAACAGGGUGAUGGUACCUACGUCCUCGUUGCCAAGGCCUUCGAAGACGUGGUCUAUGCUAACAACAACCAGAAGGAUGUGUUCCUCGAAUUCUACGCACCAUGGUGUGGUCACUGCAAACGUCUCAAACCUAUUUGGGACAACUUGGCCCGCAGCUUCACUGGUUCCAGCGACAAGGUUCUGAUUGCAAACUUCGAUGCCACUGAGAACGACAUUCCAUCCACCACUGGCAUUUCGGUCCAGGGAUACCCCACUUUGAAGUUCAAGCCCGCCGGCUCGAAGGAAUGGAUCGAUUAUGAUGACGAAAGAGAGCUAGAUGCGAUGAUUGCAUUUGUUGAGAAGAACUCGGUCAACAAGGUCAAGGCCGUCAAGGUCGAGCUACCUGAGCCUGUCGAAGGCGCGAUGGGGCUGACCAAGUCGUCUUCGAUUCGAGAACGAGCCCGCUCCUGAGACGAGACACGACGCUGACACGAUGAUUGUAGAUUCGAAUCUCAUCAGCUUGCCUCUUCUUUCUCAUUUCUCUCACCCCAAAAAUAAAGCAUUUCUGUAGUGCUCUCUGUUUUCAUCCUUUUUUUUUGUUGCGUGGCUUGAGUUGUCAACUUGUGCGGAUUAGCUACCUCGACCGGGUUUUUUCUCUCUUUUCUUUUUUUUCUCUUUCCAUGUCUUUUUUUUUGUUAGAAAUUUCUAGUUUAUUCUCCCUGGAGAAAACCAUUCUCACUGUCAUCAAAAUUUGAGGCUCGCAAGCUGUGGCAUCGUCAGAAAGCCCGU